AUGGUGUUGGUUACAUUAUUGAUUGUAGUUUUCAUCACCAUAGUGUUGGCAAUUGUUUAUUUACAAUAUUUUUCCAAAAGCCGUUAUCGAUUUCGUUAUUUGUCGAAAAUAUCAGGUUUAACUUCAAUCAAAUUUUCUGUGCUCGAACAAAAUCGUCAAACAUAUUAUCCAGCGAAUCCCGAAUGUCGAUGUCAUCCGAAUCACGCUUCAAUUAUUGUACCGCAAACUAAUUGUCCUCAUAGAUCUGAGACAUUAUUUAUUAGCUUUGCCGGCGCUGCACUACUCGUCGGAGGAUUCACAUUUACAGAAUGGAAAUCUACAAUUAAACUAUUGGACUCGCAAGCGGACAUAUUAUUUUUAACUGAUCCUGCUCAGUCGUUCUUUCUACAAGAUUCCACUUAUUCAUGGCAAGGAUUGACAUAUUGUCGUUCAUUAGUUCGAAACUAUUCUAAAUUGUAUAGAAAGGUUGUAUUAAUCGGUGCUUCAAUGGGAGCGAGUAUGGUUUGUAUGUGUAGCGAUCUUGCUACACUCUCAAUUGCAUUCAACCCGAUAUUCAAUCCGUCAUUGGUGGCGAAUGCAUACUACUUUUAUAGGGUAUUAUGGAAAUAUCCAAAAACACUCAUUUUGAAACAAGUGCAAACCAACAUCGAUAAGAUUACGAAUGAAAAUCUACCGUCUAUUUUACAUGUACAUUGGAGCAAGAAUUCACAUGAUGAUAUCAUUCAAGCAAAUUUUAUUUCAAAUCUAAAUUUUAUGCACUUCACGGAUGUGAAGGAGUGUACUAAACAGCAAGGAGUAUAUUUUUGGUUGCAUAAGUGUGAUAGUCAUGGUUUACCCCAAUACUUGAAAAAUGAAGGAAUUCUAGCUGAUAUUUUGCGAUCUCAUGUAAGCGCGUGA